GAUUUAUUCUAUGACCAACACCGCGUUUGAUUGAAUCUUUGAAUCAGGUCGUGAAAUGUAUAGUAGAACUUGUUCUAUUCAUAUUUUUGCUAUCUAAUCCUAUAUUUUUAGUGAUCAUAUUGUAUAAUCGUAUUGAAAUAUAAAUUUUUGUGAGAUAUAACAGUGAGAACUAUUGUAGACUUCCCACCCAAGCUUUUCUUUUUGACAUAUCCAUGAGGCGCCAUGUUUGUCACGUUUUUGCCAAUCGGGUCUGGAAAAAUAUUUAGUCAAAAAUUGAAUUUGCAGUGCAUAGCGUCCCCGCAAGUUAUAGGUACAUUGUGAACAAUAUUAAUUCAAGAUGAGUACCGUGUUUUCGAAAAGUAAAGAAAAACGCUCCCGUUCCUCUUCAAACGAAACUAACAAUUCAUUUGUGAAGAAUGUGACAUCAAGGGUAUCAGGGUUACUACCUUCAUCAAUAACAAAAUGGUUUGGUAGUCCAAGCACAUCGAAUUCCAAUGGCUCUGCACCUGCAGCCGAGGGCACAGACUCCUCUACCGAGGACGAAGCUACAGAAAGUCCUAUAACAACUCAACCACCAUUAAAGCGAAUGAGAUUCAGCUCGCCUGGAAAAUAUAAUAAUUUUGUUUCAACAGAAGUAAGCUGUGUCACUAAUAAUGUUGAUGCCUAUGAAAAAUGUGCUCCACCAUACAAUAAUUCUGUACAGCCUUCAACAAGUCGAACCUCAUUUAGAAGAGAAACUAACUUUGCGUCAAGCCCUGUAAGGGUUUCUAAUAACAUUGAAUCAAAUAAAGACAAAAGUGACAGUACUACAAUGAAGUCACAACACACUCUUUCUAGUGUGGCCCCAUCUAUUGCAACAAAAAGAAAGUCAAUUUUCGAUAAUCCAAAUAAUGAGGCCUCAAAAAAAGCCUGUGCAAGGACAGCAAGUAACACUUUGGUGGAUCCAAAAGCUCCAUGCUUCAAACCUAAUUUAUUUGGAUCAUCUUUUUAUCCUGGGCAAACUAUGUAUGGAGGUGCUGCCUCUUUAUAUAUUAAUAACCCAAAUAUCAAACACAGAAAAGUGGCUUUGGUAAAUGAAUCCAACAGCAGUGAAAAUACUUCUAUGAGCUAUUCAGCUAGACGUAUCAUGGACCUCUUAGAAAAUUAUUCUUCUCCAUUAAUGGAAGCAAAAAGAAUAUCACAAUAUCUUAAAAGUUCCAAGAGUGAUAGUUUUAAUGAAAGUAAAAGCACUAGUGGUUCUCCUUAUUGUCCAAAAGAAAUGUCAUACAAGACCCAAGAGCUUCAUGUGCCAAAUAUUGUAUCAGUCCUGAGAUUGAAGCAGAAGUCUAGAAUAAUGGAGUCAACAAAUGCAGCAAGACAGAUUAUAGCAUCCCAUAGUAGUACUUCUGACUAUAUUCCUUAUCCAGUAUUUAAUGCUCAAAGGGAACAAAAAGAAAAGGAAUCCAUUGGUAAAUUUACUACUAAAGUAAAAUCUAGAGUAACUCGAUUAAAGCGUGGAGAAAGUGAUGUUGAGAACCAGAUGAUAACACCAGUGAAUUUGCCUACGGCUGUUUUACAAAUUGAUAAAGAUAACAUGCCUAAGUUUUCAUUUGGGAUCACGUCAUCAAGCUCUUCUAUAUCAGUGAAUACAACACCCCAAUUGAGUUUUACUUCUACCACAGUGUCUAAACCGAUAUCUGAAAUAACAGCAAGUAUUGAGAGCACAGCUUCAAUUAAGCCAGGAUUAAGUAAGCCUGAAUCAAUUAAACCUGAGACAACAAAAUGUAGUGAAUCUUAUAAGUUUUCAAGUCCAGUCAGAUUAUCUACUGAUACAUCAUUAAUUACUACAACUCCCCCAAAAUUUGCAUUUGGUAGUCCUGAGCGUGGUGUUGAUAAAUCUAUUGUAGCUGAGAAAAAAGAUGACGUAUCUUCUUGUGUUGUAGGUACACCUAAAGAAACUGAGAAAACAGUUGUUCAAAAAAUAAAAGAUUGGCAAUGCCCUGACUGUUGGGUGUUCAAUAAGAUAGAUGUCAACAAUUGUGUAUGUUGUGGCGCUAAACAACCAUCGAAAGAAACGCCAAAACAGUCUAAAUGCUCAAUUUGCAAAUUGGCAGAUAGUCAAUCAAAUAAAAACAAGUGUAUAAAUUGUGAAAAGGUGCAAGUAAGCAAUGCUACUAAAUCCCAAAAUUCAUUAGUCCAAAAUGUCGAUGAUUCAUCAAAAUGGAAAUGCGAGGAUUGCUGGGUCAAAAACGACGAAAAGGACGAUAAAUGUGUUUGUUGCGGCGGGAAGAACCCUAAGAAAUCAAAUGUCACUUUAAACUCUACUUCUACAGUUAAUUCUAUUGAUAUUGGAGAUUUAAAUAGUGAAUGGAAAUGCGAUGACUGUUGGAUAAAAAAUAAGAUGAGUGUCGAUAAGUGUGUUGCUUGUGGUGGAGUUAAACCUGGGGCAAAGAAAAAUAAUGAUUCAGCCUUAUCUUCGAAAACUUUCCAGUCAACUCCAUUAAGCAUUUCUGAUACUAUGAAAAUUACUGCAAAACCACAACCUCAAACUUGGGAAUGUUCAAGUUGUUUAGUGAGAAAUGAAAACAAUAGAUCAAAAUGCAUAUGCUGUGAGUCACAUAAACCUGGAACCAUAAAAGAAUCAGAUAAAAAAUUAUUCAAUUUCAGCAAGACUCCAAAUAUGAACUUCAAGUUUGGUAUUCAUUUAGCAGCUCAGGAAAUCAGUCCUAAGUCGAGUGAUGAAAAACCAGCGGAGGUACCGAAAAAGUCAGAAAUAUCCGAAACAAAUAAUAAUACUUUGCCAAAAGCUCCCACAUUUUCGUUUGGGGUACCACCAAAGAAAGCUGAUGAUCAAAUAGAAGCACCCAAAAUUACAAAUAGUGAAACUGGCAAAUUGAAUUUUACUUUUGGCUUACCAAAAACGCAGGCAUCUUCUGAGGCGACCUUUACACCUGUGUUUGGAUCAGCAAACAAGCUAACUGAGUUUCCAUCAAAAAAAUCAGAUAAAGAUAGUGAAAAGCUACAAGAAGUUCCAAAAGUGGAUUUUGCACUUACAACCGAAAAAGAUACACCUAAACCUUUGCCUAGUAUAUUUGGGUCUCAAUUAACAUCAGUGGGUAUUCAAGAUAAACCAAUUACUUCUACUCCAUCUUUAUUGGGUUCUACAAAUACUGCAGAAAAGAAAGAUACUGUAACUAAACCCUUAACGAUACAGCCUGUCGUGACUAGUGAACAGAAAACAAAACUACAGGGUAGCUUUACAUUUACAGCACCUGAAAUAAAGCCAGCAGUCAAUCUAUUUGCUGCUCCUGCUACAACCACAUCAGCAUUUGUGGUUCCUUUACAAUCGGCUGCUACGACCAAUGUUUCUUUAUUCCAAAAAUCAGAAAGUACAAAAACAACAAGCUCUUCUUUGUUUCAAAAACCUGAAACUGCCACUACUUCGACAGUGUCUUUGUUUCAAAAAACUGAUACUACCACAACUAUGGCACCUCCGUCGUUGGCGGCGACUGCUCCUAUUUUUAGUUUCGGAAAUAACGCUACAUCUAGUGCCGCCCCACAGCCUGAGAAACCGAAAUUCAAUUUCACGUUUGGCAGCAAUAGUACAAUGUUCAAUAAUUCGUUUGGCACUUCGUCAACUGAAAAUAACACCCACAAAUUUAGUCUCUCUGGAAACAGAUUAGCAGCUGGCGGAAACGGUCUCGCCAGCGGUAGUGCUUUAACUGGUGGCAAUGGACUCACUGCCAAAUUAGGUAGUUCAAAUGAGUUACCACCUAGUACUUUAUCACAACCUCCCUUACAACCUGCAUCAGGUAUAUUUGGCGCCCCAGUACAGAAGGAAAAUCUGUGGUCAUCCUCUACUAGUAACUCUUCAAGUUUGUUCGUAUCAAACACUUCAAGCGCUCCUCCGCAAAAACCGGCAACAUUUUCAUUUGGGACUACCACGCCAUUUAACGCUGGUAAUUCAGCAUCGCCGGCAUUUGGAAAUAAUGCAACAACGCCACAAAACGUUUUCGGUAUGAAUCAGAACGCGAACAGAGCGCCGUCCUUAUUCUCGACUCCCGUGCAGAAUCAGUCAGCGCCUAGUAUAUUUGGUCCUAGCACUGUCCAACCCGCCAAUAACUCAACACCGGCACUGGGUUUAUUCGGCUCGAGUAAUGUCGCUCCCUCGCCGACAUUUGGGACCGCCAAUCCUACUAUACCAUCAUUCGAGACUCCUUCGCUCGCACCGGCACCAGCGCCUGCCCCAGCAUUCAACUUCGGAGCUCCGCAACCAUCUGGGAUCUUCGGAUUUGGACAGGUGAAUAUUUUAUAAAUUCUUAAUAAUCUUAUUAAUGCCCUCAUGAUUCAGUCCAGGCCUAA